GAGGUAUAUUUAAUGUAGUACAUCACUCUUUGACUAUGAUAGCAUGAAAAACAACAUCUCAUUGUUACUGUUGAAACUUAAUUUUAUGGAUUUAAUUGUUGUGUAACUAUAUUUGUAUCCAGACAUGUCAUCAGAAUUCUAUUAUUAGACAUUUUGUGAAGUGUUGAUGCGGUCAUGUGACUUUACAGUCAUGUGACUGUAAAAGGGACAGCUUGGAAUUGGAGCAGAGAGGACGCCCGUAGUUUCAUUCUGGAACGUUGGAGGUCUGUGGCAGCAGUGCCUGCGAAAUGGUGUGUGGUCUAGCGUGUCGAGCAAAGUGAAACUGAAAGUACAGAGUCCCGCCUCAGUCCUGGUCCCGGUGUUUGGCACGAGACUCGGCUCGGUUCCGCACAUCCGUGGCGGUGUGACAGAGGUGGGUGGGAGCGGCGGUGAGAAGAAAACACUGCAAACUGGGUGAAAGCAAGCAGCCCGAGUGUGAGAAGAUAAAGGUAGAUGCCCCUCAGCAGAUGCCCCUCUUUGGCGACUCCCUCUGGCCACCGGCUUGGACAUGACCGGCGCCAGCAACGCCCUGGCCCGCGAGUUUCUAACGGACGUCCACCGGCUGUGCAGCGAGGUGGCCCGGCUGGCGGAGGAGGAUGAGGCUGAGGGGGAGGACAGCGAUGUCCACAUGGUGGCGAUGUGGAGCUACCUACUCCAGGGUAGAGGAUUCCUCCUUCUCAGAACCCUGGACCUCGUCAUUGACCAGGAUCUCAGCUGCCGUGAGGAGCUGCUGACCCUGCUGCUCUCCCUGCUCCCCCUCAUUUGGAGCAUCCCCGUGCUGGAGGAGAUGCCCCAGGGUUUCCCACUGUCUUCCAUUCCGGAAUAUUCUAACAGUGAUGGAUACAGCAUGCUUUUGAGAUCAGGGAAAGGGAAGGUAGUCUCUGAGGAGCACAAUUCUGGAAGACAGUCCUCAAGCCGGAGGAAGUCUCGGUACCAUCGGUGCUCUGCAAGGUUUGCAUCCCCGACUCAGAUCUCCACUUCGGACUCAGACGGUAAAUCCAGCAGCCAGACAUUGGGAUCUGGAGGAAAAUAUUCUCACCCCAGUGGCCAUGUCUCAAGACUUACUUGUUUCCAAGAGCCGUUGAAAUCUUUACAGCCUAAGUCCUCUGCAAAGGAGACCACAAGCACCCUGGAUGCAGUGCAGCCUGGACAACAUCUUUUAGGCCCCCAUUAUCUGAGUUCAGAGAUACCAAAAGACCACGCUACCAUUCCAGCCUUCAGCAGUGUGGCUAAGUCGCCUUUUGACCUCUGCCAGGUCCUACUCUCUCUCUUGGGGAAAGUGUACAAAUUUGGCACAUCCUUCAGACACACCCCCAGCGUGAUGGUCACCCUGGUGCCCAGUCUUAUUGAGAUGCUUAUAGACUUUGGGGAUGACUGCAGCCGGCACAAGUUGGCAGGUGUAGGAAGAGAAGUAGCCCAGGGCUGGACUGAGGAACCCAUCGCCUUGGUCCAAAGGAUGCUGCUUCGUGCCAUCCUCCACCUCAUGAUGAUUGACAUAGCCCAGGGGGAGGCCAUGUCAGACCACUUGUUUAGGAAUCUGACCCGCUUGCUGCAGGCCACACUGAAGAUCCACAGCUAUAUGAAGAAGGUAGAUCCUAUUUCCCCCUCACCUGACUUUUCCAGGUAUCAGCACUGUGUGCUGCUGCUCUCAGAGUUACUGGAGGGUCUGCUGCAUGUCCUACUGGGCUACCUGCAGGCUUCCACGUCAAACCCUGCUAUCUUCAGCAAGGUGCUGCAGCUCCUUCAUGGGUUUGUGGAAAGCCAGGGUCUGAGGCUCCUGGAGGCUUCCGCACUGCAACUGGAAAGUUUUGCUGGUCAAGACUCGGCAACCAGUGAAAAAGCCUUGGAGCAGGUCAGGGAUCUCGUUGGGGUCCUGUUGAGCGUCAUUGCGGCUGUCAAGAAGGCCGCCUCGGAACAGCUGCACCAGUCGAUCUGCCACCGGCGUCGCCACCGUCGAUGCGAGUAUACUCGGUUGUAUCACCAUCACAACAUCACUGGUCUUCCGGGUUUGGCUUUGGGGCAUGAUGAUUGCAGUGACCUCUUUGACCAAAAACUUAUGCAGGAUAGAGAUGCACUUCAUCCAGGCCCUGGCUGCUGUGUGGCAGCCUGUGCCCACCAAUGCCUUCAUCUCCUCGAGAUCCUCCCCUCCAAGAAUUCAGUCUGUUUGCAGAUCCUGACUGGGCUGCAAGCAGCUGGUGUCUGCUGCUGCAUGGAUCCUCGCUCAGUGUUGGUACCCCUGCUACAUGCCUUUCAGGCCCCAGGUCUGCUACCCUACCAGUCACAUGUGCUAAACAUUCUAAGUCGCCUCCUCCUGGAGCAGUUGGGUGGGGGCCAGCUGUCUAAGACCGGCAGGCAGGCUGCCUGCAGUAUCUGCACACUAGAUGACCGUCAGCUGCUCCUCAUGGAGAAGAUCAUGCAAGGAAUCUGUGCCAGUGGCCUCCACAUUCCCACGGAUAUCCCAGAUGGUGUUAGGGCCAGAGAUGUCCUGUGGAGAUGGGAUGCCCUGGAGGCCUACCGUGAUCUCAUGUUCGACAAGGACCGACAGCAGGGCCUGCUGAUUGCUGGGCAUGUCUGCUCCCUGCUGCUUCAGGGUAAUAGUUUGGUGCAGGGUCUGCUCUACACCCAUGUUUUCAGCCCUGUGCUGCAAAGGGGAGUUGGCUUGGCUAACUACUCCCGGGAGCUUUGCAUUUCCUCUGCCAGUGACCAGUCUCACAGUUUUCACUGCCAAGGCCUGUCCGUGGAGGUGCUGAGCGUCUUCCUGCAAGCUCUACCCAGCCUACUCAAACACAGGGUGAUUCGGAACCUAUUCCUGAGCAGUAAUGGGCUCCACCAGGUGACAGAGCUGAUCCACCUGGACCCAGUGAGAACAUUCACCCUCAGAGUAUUCGAGACGCUGAUCCUCCACACAGGAAACCAGCAGGCCAAUCCGGCCUCAGGGAUGAGACUAGAGACUGAGGAGGUUACUAGUUUCCAUAGUCACAAAGAAGACGUGCAAGGUCUCAAGCUCGGCAAGGCCCACCAGAAUGGCAGAGCUGAAUCUGAUGCCUGUAGGAAUGAUGCCCACCUCAGUGCUAGUAGUCUCUUCCUACGCAUGGCUUUCCUAUGUGUGAGCAAAGAGGCCGACUCGGAUAGGGACUCAGCCAAUGACUCAGAGGACACAUCCGGCUAUGACAGCACAGCAAGUGAGCCCUUGGGGGGCCGACUACCGUGCCUUCCCCCUGAUGAUGUGACUCUGCCCGCUAAGGACCAGUUGUGGCGGGUGGCUGACGUGUGGUCGGCUUGCCACUGGAUCUACCGCUCCAGCCAUACCUUCCAGAAGCAGCUCUUCAAGCUGGGCGGCUUUGACAUCUGCUCCCGUCUCAUGACCCUAGUCAUCCAGAAGCUGGCCACCAAGACCAAGGACAGCAGGGGCAAGAAGAAGAAGGAUGCCAAGGGGAAGCCAAGUCCAGGCCAGCAAGAUUCCCAUGACCCUGACCCAGGCCCUGGAUCAAAUCAGGCCUUUCCAAGUGGUGAGCAGACCGAGUCCAAAUGCCAAGAGCAGGUCCGAAAGCUGGAGGAGGAAUGGCCGUUCCAGUGUCUACGGCUACUGGAGGCCCUUCUGGCUAUAUGUCUUCAGGGUGCUGGCUCCACUCUCCAGAAGGUGGACCUCGAAUCCUCUUUCCAGCCGCAGUCGAAGCAGGAAACCCUGCAUGAUCUACAGGAGCAGCUCUCCCUCUCCGGCCUGGUGGCUUCUGACCUGGCCAUCCCGCUCUUCGACUGCCUGCUGCGUGUGGCUCUGGCUGAAGGGAGCCCCAGCCCAGAUGUGGCCGUGGGGAAGGCCGAGAGGAAACUCCAGUCACGCCGGGGGGCCGCGGCCCCAGACGGUUACCAGUCAGAAGAAGCGAGCGAUUCCCAGGACCCCCCCGAUCAGGUGACGGCAGAGGAGGGCUAUGAGGGUGAUGCUGAAAGCCACACUGAGGACAGCAGUACUUGGGAUCAGGCAGUGGGAGCAGACGCAGGAUCCUCGGAAGAAGGCUCGUCCUGGGGUCCCACAGAGAGCCCGGGCCUCUGCGAGCUCCGGAACCCAGAGGUGUGCAGCAUGCAGUUGGCACUGCUGGCUUCAGGCUCGCCGGACCUGGGAGUGCUGACCCACGUGCUGCGCGGCAUGCUGCAGGCGCUCCGCGGGAACCCCCGCAACGUCACGCUGCUCUACCGGCAGGGUGCCGUGAAGACACUUUUGAACGGUUUCCAGCACAUCCUGAGCCGGGCCGACCCUUCCUAUGAAGAGUGUCAGACUAUGUUGGUGGAGCUGCUGGUUGCCAUGGCGAGCAAAAGUGUCACGCAGGAGGAACUGGUCCUGCUCGUCCGUCUGUUCCUGGAGAAGGCCCCCCCUGUCGAUGUCUUGCUAGGAGGUUUUCUCCGGGUGGUGAAGGCCAACGUGAACCCGGAACCCCUCUGCUUUCUGAAAUUCCCCCUAGCUGCCGAAGACUCCCCUGGCCUCAUCGGCCAGUCUGGAGGGCCCAGAGAGAGCACCAGGAGGGGGCAUCUCCCCCUAGGGUGUCUGGCAGCUGAUGGGGAAUCACCAGGACGUUUUGGGGCCUCCCCCUGGCAUAUGGCCCCUAUCCACCUACAGCUAAUGGGGCAGAACUGCUGGCCACAUUUGGCAGACGGCUUCAGUGUGUCACUGUGGUUGAGGACCUGGUGUGACACCAAGGGGCGGGGCCCUAGCAAGAGUGAGAGUCACGUUAGGAAGCCUGGAGUGCCUCGAGAUCUCACUGUGGACAUGAGAGAAGGAAAGAACCUUCCAGGAUCAGUCCAGUUAAGCCCACAAAGCACGAGUGACCAUCUGGUAAAGGAUGGCUUUCUCCACAUCUUCUCCAUGGGCUCCAAGGCCCUGAUGUUACAGGUGUGGGCCAACCCUACCACUGGGGCCUUCAGCUUCAGGGUGUGUGUUGACCCCGGUGACGAGGUGGGCCUCCUCGCCAAGGCUGAGUCCCAAGGGGGCCUGCUGACCCCCGGACAGUGGGAGCACAUAGCCCUCACCUAUACCCAAAAACCCGAGGGCAAGAGAAAUGCCCACGGCAGACUGGCUCUAUGGAUCUGUGGCGUGAGGCGGUAUGAUGUUUCGCUGGACUACCCACUUCCCAGGAAACCCAGCCUGUCCACGGAUGGCAACAAGACCUACUGCAUGCUAGGACACCGCCAUCCAACUGUGGAGGACCAGUGUGGCACUGGGCGUACCUGGGACUUUGGCAGCCUGCUACUCUUCAAUGGCUCCAGAAUCGAAUCUGAGGAGGCCUUCUACCUGUACGCCAGUGGGCCGGACUUCACUUCCAUCAUGCCGGUCAAAUACGGCAAACCUGACCCCAGACUGACCAAGUAUGCCAGCGAGGAGGGCCUGCAGGCUGACCCGCGAGUCCUAGGGCUUCUCACCAAGGGCUCGCAAGUGGACACGACACCACUCGCCGAGAGCCUGGCGGUAGUCUAUACUGCCAGCAGGCCCGGCUCCUACGCCAUCUAUGAGCCUGUCGUACGGCUGAAGGGGCAGCCUAAGGUGGUAGCUUCCACGAGGCCUUUCAGCACCAAGGACGUGCAGAGCCCCCUGGUGGAGGCACAGGCCAUCAGAGCCCUGCGCCCCACCGAACCCCAGGGCCUCCAGAGAGUCCUUCACCAGAUCGGAGGAACAGGCACCUUCGUAUUCCUCUUUGCCAAGACUGUGGAGCUCAGUGACCGCGAAGAGACCCAGGCCCUGGCCCUGAAGGUGCUGCUGUCGCUGAUAUGGCUCAACCAGCACCGCGUGGCGGAGAUGGAGCGCUGCCACGGCUACUCUUUGGUCCGCCAGGUCCUUGUGAAGCCCAAGUGCAUCGUGGGAUACCACAUGCUGCAGACCCUUCUGGAUGGCUGCUGCAGCAGUCCCAUCCUGUCCCUCGGGGUGGACGGCCGCUUCCACCUGGACAGGGAGUCCACGGCUGUUGUCCAGGACCUCCACCUGCUGUCCAGUUUGCUGCUUGACUGGAAGGUGUGGUCCAAGGCCCAGGCAGGGGUGUGGGCGGCCCUCCUGGAGGCCAUGGAGGUCCUCAUCCACGCCCGCCACCCCCAGCAGAUGUACAACAUUCAGCAGCUGCUCAAGGCCCGGGUAGUGCAGCGUAUCCUUCUCACCUGCCAGGUGCUGCAGGACGAGCAUCUGGCCCCCAUCCCCCAGAACGUGUGUGCCUCCUUCGUGAAGAUCAUCCAGGAGGUGCUGGGGUCACCCCCCGACCUGGAGCUGCUCAGAAUCGUCUAUGGCUUCCUCCUGGCCGCCCACCCGCCAGCCGACGCCUACGUGUGUCACGCCCCCUCAGCGUUCUGCUUCUCCCUGCACAUCGAUGGCAAGGUCUACCAGGAAAAGGUGCAGUCCCUCAUGUUCCAGCGGCAGUUCAGCGACGGAGCGAGAUCGGCAUCAGGGUCCCUGUCCCCCACAGGCUUCGCUGGGGAGCCCCUGGGAGAUUACUUUGGUGACUGUCAGACCUCAGGUCCCCAUCAUCAGGACCACUCCCCUUCUCCAUCCCCUUGUCCUUCUCCUGCUGCUGAGGACAAGGUGGCCCCCCCAGACUUGGAACCGGUCCCUAACGACCUGGACGCCGAGCAGGACCCGGCUGCCGGAGGGCUGCUCCUGAGCAGCUGCGAGUCGGCUGUGACAGUGGUGGACUGCCACGUGGACCCCCCGGAAAUGGGGCGGAGGGAGGAGCCUGAGGCCGAUUGGGAAGGCAGGGACAUUGGGGUGGGGGGUGCGGCAGAGGCCCUGCUCCGGCCAGACAGUCUGCUGGGAGUCAGGCCAAUCCCAAAGGGCAAUCGGAGCGGCUUUGCCGGCUUGCACCUUACAUUCCCAGCUCAGAACAUUGCCGCUGGCCAGUGGCCCGGCACAGCUGACCGCAACGCUCUCCAUGAUGAUGCCACCGCGUAUUCUGUCUCUGCAGAGACAGCAUGCAAUGAAGCGGACCCCGCUGACAACAGGGCUCCUGUCCUGUGCCUCGGCAGGCCUGGUGCAGAGGACCGGCUGGCCAUGGUGUGCUGCGGCCUGUAUGAGCUCCUACGGGGCGUUCUGCUCACCCUGCCGGACAUCAUGUUGGAGAAGGUCGUCAAUGGACUCAUCCAGCCGGAGGCCCUCAUCGUGCUUGUCAACCACCCCUCGGCCCUGGUCCAGCAGGCUGUGAUCAAGCUGCUGGACGCCUACUUCAGCCGGGCCUUCCAGGAGCAGAAGGAGAGGUUCUUGAAGAACCACGGCUUCUCUCUGCUGGCCAACCAGCUGUACCUGCGGCCAGGCAGCCAGGGCCUGCUGGAGUGCUGCCUGGAGAUGGUCAUGGGCCGUCCUGUGGGCCUGGAGGAGGAGCUGGAUCCCGAAGCCCUGGAGAAGGUCGGGCCAUUCCAGAAGCGAUGUGUGAUCUCUCUGCUGGGGCUGAUCGAGAGUUCCUUGGGUGACAGCGGGCUGGUCCACGCUGCCCUGUGCACCCUGCUUCAGCUACUCAACGCCUGCCCCAAGCUGACCGACAUCCUGCUGGACCACGGCCUUCUCUGCGUGCUCCUCAACACGCUGGCUGCUCUCAACGGUCUGGAGAGCGGCAUCCCCCUGGACGACCACAAGCUGCUGGUGUGUGACAUCCAGCAGCUGCUGGUCUUCGUCACCAUCCACUCCUGCAGCUCCUCAGGGUCGCAGUACUUCCGCAUCAUCGAGGACCUCGUCGCCCUACUGGGACACCUGCAGACCAGCACAAUACCUCGCACCAAAGAGAUGGCAGUCAUCCUUCAGUUCCAGAUCCUCCAGUCGGCCAUUAGGCUCAUCAGGACCACGGCAGAUCGGGACCCUCAGAGGACGACCUGCCUUGGGGCCCAGCCUGCCAUCCAGCAACACACCAUCCAACAGAGACCACGGAGCUUUGCGGCCCGCAGACGGCUGUCGCUGGCACCCCUGGAGCUGCUGACUCGCAUGCGUUCGGUGGCCAGUGAAGAGCUCUCCCACAUGAUCAAGCGCCGCAUGGGCCAGGAGAGCCCAGUGCAUGCCUCCGAGGCCGAGUUCAGCCAGCGCCUGCAGAGGCUGCUACUGCUGGCUGUCAACCUGCUCAUCUACCAAGGUGUGAGACAGGACCUCUUUGAUCUGCUGAAUAUCCCAGACUCCCCCGUGCCGCAGCAUGCCCCGAGUGACCCUACAGAGCCAGGUGCCCCAUGGACCCCGGGCAUUAUGGGUAGUUUCCAGAAGGAGAUCUUUGAGCUGCUGAUGGAGGGCCUGAGGACUGGCCUGGGAGGCUUGGGCAGAGGGGGCGCCCCCCGACAGCAGUGGGCACGGAUUCUGUGGUCGUGCCGCGACACUUUCCGCGCUCAGUUCGUCCGCCUGCUAGCGCACGCCCUGAACCCGGCACGCCCCCUGGACGAGCGGAAGCGAGCCUUGGGCUUUGUCUACAAAUCUGGCCGCCCUGACGUCUUGCGGGAGGCGGUCAGCCUGAGUCCAGAGCUGGCCCUGUACCUGUGCGAAAUGCUCUACCACCACAGGGACAGUCUGACACAAGAGGAUCAGGCAUCCAUCAGCAACCUUCUGGUCUCCCCCAAGUACUCUGCCCCCCCGGGCACUGGCUCGGAAACCGACCUCUCAGUGGCCUUCCGAGAGGAUCUGCUGAGGUUUGAGUCAGAGAAGAAGGCUUCCAGGGUGGCCUGGGAGAAGAAGACAGAGAGCGCACAGAGGAGCCUGAUGCAGCGGCUCGAUGCCAAGUUGAAGGAGAUCUCCAGGGUGGCAGCAGACGUGACGCAGGCAGUGUCACAGCAGCAGAGCGCCGAGCGGAAGAAGGUCAUGCAGCACAUUCGCAGCCUCUGUAAGCUGAGCCUGACGGCCAGCCGGCACUGGCAGUGGCUGGUGCAGCAGCUCACACACGACCGCGCAGUGUGGUACGACCCUGCCUCAUAUCCCACAUCCUGGCAGCUGGACCCCACAGAAGGGCCCAACCGGGAACGCCGCCGCCUGCAGAGGUGCUACAUGACCGUCCCCAACAAGUACCUGCUGAAGGAACGCAGGAAAUGCGAAGAUCCAGUCAGGCCCCCGCUCUCAUUCCUUUUCGAGGACAGGACCCACUCCUAUGUCUCCUCCACUGUGAAGGACAAGGCCACCAGCGAGCCGACGCGGUCCACCAUGAAGUGUUUCAGCGUUGCCCCCUCUCGGGAGACUCCGGGAGAUCUGCUUUUGGGGAAGUCUGGCAUGUACUUUGUUGAGGACCACGCUACCGAUACUCCCGACAGUCAUAGCCCCCACGGGGAGACGGAGCCUGCAUCGUUCUCUUGGACCUAUGAGGAGAUCAAGGAGGUCCACAAGUGCUGGUGGCAGCUCAGGGACAACGCAUUGGAGAUCUUCCUCACCAAUGGGAGGACUCUGCUGCUAGCGUUUGACAACACCAAGGCCCGCGACAACAUGUACCACAACAUCCUGACCUCAGACCUGCCCAAUCUGCUGGAGCACGGGAACAUCACAGCGCUGACCCAGCUGUGGGGCUCGGGCCUGAUCUCCAACUUCGAGUACCUGACGCACCUGAACAAACACGCUGGUCGCUCCUUCAACGACCUUAUGCAGUACCCUGUGUUCCCCUUCAUCCUCAACGACUAUGCCAGCAUGACGCUGGACCUGCAGGAUCCUUCUAUCUACAGGAACCUUGGCAAGCCCAUAGCGGUCCAGUCCAAAGAGAAGGAGGACCGUUAUAUAGACAACUACAAGUACCUGGAAGAGGAGUUUGUAAAGGGUGUACGUGAUGACGAUCCCGUGCCCCCGGUACAGCCCUACCACUACGGCUCACACUACUCAAACAGCGGGACUGUCCUACACUUCUUGGUCAGGAUGCCUCCCUUCACCAAGAUGUUCCUGGCAUACCAAGAUCAGAGCUUCGAUAUCCCUGACCGCACGUUUCACUCCAUGAAUACCACCUGGCGUCUCUCAUCCUACGAGUCCAUGACCGACGUCAAGGAGCUCAUCCCAGAGUUCUUUUACCUGCCUGAGUUUCUGGUCAACAGGGAAGGCUUCGACUUUGGCGUACGGCAGAACAGUGAACGCGUGAACCACGUCAACCUGCCUCCCUGGGCUCGCAACGACCCUCGUCUCUUCGUCCUGAUCCACCGGCAGGCCCUGGAGUCUGACCAGGUGUCCCAGACCCUGUGCCAGUGGAUCGACCUUGUCUUCGGUUUCAAGCAGAAGGGCAAGGCAGCCGUGCAGGCCGUCAACGUCUUCCACCCCGCUACGUAUUUUGGGAUGGAUGUGUCUGCGGUGGAGGACCCUGUGCAGCGGCGUGCUCUGGAGACCAUGAUCAAGACGUAUGGACAGACCCCCCGACAGCUCUUCAGCACUUCCCACGUCAGCCGGGACGCGGAGUUGCCGGCUGCCAUGGGGCUCCUGGUCCAUCUGGCCUUUCGGGAGAACAGGGAACACGGCAAGGAGCCUACAUGCCCGAGCCCUUUGCCCUGGAUCAAAGGCCUGAAAUGGGGGGAGUACGUGGGCUCCCCCAGUGCCCCGGACCCCGUGGUGUGCUUCAGCCAGCCUCAUGGAGAGUGUUUCGGCUCCCUGCUGGCCCUGCCCACCCGAGCCAUCUGCGGUCUCUCCCGCAAGUUCUGCCUCAUGAUGAUCUACAGUAAAGAGCAAGGAGUGCGGAGCAUGCGCAGUACAGACAUCCGGUGGUCUGCUAUCUUGAGCUGGGGCUACGCCGACCACAUGCUGCGGCUGAAGAGCAGACAGAGCGAGCCUCCUGUCAGCUUCCUGCAGUGCUCCCCGCUGUACCAGGUUACCAGCUGUGCCUGGGUGCCUGACAGCUGUCAGCUCUUCACAGGCACCAAGUGUGGUGCCAUCACGGUAUACGCCAGCCGCUUCAGCUGCAGCCCGCCUUUGGAAGUGGAGGUGGAGUCCCAGGUGCAGCUGUACGGCCACACAGAAGAGGUCACAGGCCUGUUUGUUUGCAAGCCGUUCAGCAUCCUCAUCAGCGUUAGCAAGGACGGCACCUGCAUCCUCUGGGACCUCAACAGAUUGUGCUACGUGCAGUCUCUCACCGGCCACAAAAGUCCCGUGGUAGCUGUGUCUGCCAGCGAGACGACAGGGGACAUCGCCACGGCAUGUAACUCAGUGGGCGGAGGCAGUGACCUGCGGCUGUGGACAGUCAAUGGGGACCUGAUCGGUCACGUGCACUGCAGGGAGAUCAUCUGCUCGAUGGCAUUCUCCAACCAGCCAGAGGGCAUUUCCGUCAAUGUCAUCGCAGGGGGGUUGGAGAAUGGUGUGGUCAGGCUGUGGAGCACGUGGGAUCUGAAACCUGUCAGAGAGAUCACUUUUCCAAAGUCCAACAAGCCCAUCGUCAGCUUGACAUUCUCGUGUGACGGGCACCACCUGUAUAUGGCGAACAGCGAGGGCACGGUGAUCGCCUGGUGCCGCCGUGACCAGCAGCGGCUGAAGCUGCCCAUGUUCUACUCGUUCCUCAGCAGCUAUGCUAUUGGGUGACCCCCCCCCCCCCAGUCACCACCCUGUGCCCUCUGUGAGCAUCUAAACCAGGAAAAGCAGGUGCAGAAUCACCAGCCACUUCAGGAUUCUGCCUGAACUUCAAGAGGGGCCGAGUCUGUCCCUGUGCAUUAACUACGGAUGGAUCUGUCUGGUUCCUGCAUGUAUAUAUGUAUAGGCGUGUGUGUGUGUGUGUGUGUGUGUGUGUGUGUGUGUGUGUGUGUGUGUGUGUGUGUGUGUGUGUGUGUGUGUGUGUUUACAGUUUCGCUUUACAUAUUCUGCUGUCUGAAAUGCUGUUCAGCCCCAGGUUUCUGCUGGUGCGACGUCAUUUAUUUCCAGCAGCCUGCUGUGAAUCGGCCACUUUGCCAGACGAGACCCUGAAAUUGGCGCCGCUCCUCAACGGGACUGAGACCUCGUCACCGGUCCGUGGAUCUGACGAGUCGGCUUUACCUCCCGCUGAGCCGUGACACUGAAUCCGGCAGCGCAGAGGCCACCUGCAGGCUGGGUCCCAGGCCUGGAUGUCGAGCGUGCCGAUAUCUUAGCCCUGUCACUCCCGUCGUGAUUACAUUCCUGUGUGCCACGCUGGCUCUACAGUGGGUGACGUGCGUGUUCUCUGAACCCUGUGAUGACGGGUUCAGGUGUAACACCAAAUUACAGUCUUACCGUUUGCCGGCACCUUUCCCAGUGGAGCCUUUGGUUUUUGAUCCCUGUUCCAGAAUUGCAUGAAAGGCUGUGAUACGGAGGUUUUCCGGCUGCUAAAGAAUGAAUCUGGACGCUGGAUGGACACCGAUGCUGGAAACGACCUACCAAAGAUAUGGCCUGUGCCGUUUUGCUCUUGUUUUGUUUAUUCAGUGAACUCGGCUCAUGUGCAUGAAUCUGUUGAUGUCAUUUUUUUUGUCAUGUUGUGUUUCCCCUUCAUCCUUUUGACAUGGCAUUCCUUUGUUUGGUGUGCUGUUCUUUCCAUCUACCCAUACUCUUCCUGCAAAUUGUACGAGAACUUUUUAGAGAGAAAGGAAUAGGAAAAAUGGACGGACAGGCGGGAGGGUGGAGUCCACCAGCUGCUGAAAUUCUGCUAGUAUAGCAGAGAUACUUUUCUGCAGUGUUUUGGAAAUAGUUACUUGUAGACCGUCGCCGUAAUUGGAGCCACGUCUCACAAUAAAGUCUCUGUGGACCCACAGAGCUCCGCUGAAGGCUGUUUUUUUUCACGGAUCCCGCACUUAGCAGCCUGCACGUUUUAAGAUGAGUGGGACAAAAACGAGCUACUAUCCCAAGCACCUAUCCUCACAUGACCUUAAAUUUUACCUUUAGAAUUGCACCAUAUCAAACGUGAAGCUGUUUGAGGAAUGUGCUGUGCAAAAAAGCAGCUCUAUUUUGACAAAAUUUAGGUAUUUUUAAGAGGCGUUUAAUUCUGUGAAUUUUAAAGAUCUGCCUGAGCAUGUAGACAGUUCGUUCUUUUCUGUAGACGUUGCCGCUAAUUUUUGUAAUUAUAUGCGUCUUUAUUGAUGAUUGUGGAAAUGAUGUGGGAGAAUGUGAACGCGGACUGUUCCGUGCUCUGUGAGCGAUCGAGGUCCUGCCUCACACACAGUUGGCUGGUACCACGUGCCAGAGCAGUACCAUAACGUCAUCGCGGCAGUGAAUGACAGUAUGUGAAUGACAAUUUGCGGUGUUUGAUCUCACGACCUGUGUUUGCUUUCGUCUAUGAACAAUCUCAAUAAUGCGGUGACUUUGUUAUCCGUUAUUUAUUAUUAUGAUUUUUUGCAUACAUAUUCGAUGUAAGAAAGGGUUAACAGUCGAGGGUGGAAAACAUUUUCCCUUUAAUGUAGCAGGUGGCCUCUUAAAAGCCUUUUAAAAUGUUUUUUUUUUUUUUGUUAUUAAAUUUCAUUAUCAGAAGGUUUCUUUGUGUGAGACACGCCUUUUCCUUUCCAGUUUUCCGUAUGACUCCUACCCGGAACACUUUUCACAUAAACACAAAUCGUUCUUUUGAUAUAGGCCUAGGCCUACUCGACUAAUGCGUGUGGAUAUUUUCUGCAACGGUAUGAAGGCGGCAUGAAGUAUCACUGCAUAAUGUAGUUCAAAUAUUGUAAAAUGUAUUUUGUUUUCUUAAACUAAUUUUUAUAAAAUCAUGAUUAACUUUUCGCGCCAGUUCUUUAAC